AAGAAUGAUGAAAACGGAAACUGCUCAGGGGAAGGAAUUGAAUUCCCUACAACAAACUUAUAUGAACUGGAAAGCCGUGUUUUGACUGAUCAUUGGUCCAUCCCUUACAAGAGAGAAGAAUCACUAGGCAAAUGCUUGUUGGCGUCUACCUACCUUGCAAGACUUGGUCUUUCCGAGUCUGAUGAGAAUUGUAAAAGAUUUAUGGAUAGGUGUAUGCCUGAAGCAUUUAAAAAGCUCCUAACAUCAAGUGCUGUUCACAAGUGGGGUACUGAAAUUCAUGAAGGGAUCUACAACAUGUUGAUGCUCUUAAUAGAACUGGUUGCAGAGAGAAUAAAACAAGAUCCAAUUCCCAUUGGUCUCCUGGGUGUGCUUACAAUGGCUUUCAAUCCUGAUAAUGAAUACCAUUUUAAAAACAGAAUGAAAGUGUCUCAAAGGAAUUGGGCAGAAGUGUUCGGAGAGGGAAAUAUGUUUGCUAUCUCACCUGUAUCUACUUUCCAAAAGGAACCUCAUGGAUGGGUUGUGGAUUUGGUAAACAAGUUUGGAGAAUUGGGUGGAUUUGCAGCAAUUCAAGCUAAGCUCCGUUCAGAAGAUAUAGAACUUGGGGCAGUUUCAGCAUUGGUGCAGCCCUUAGGGGUGUGUGCAGAGUACCUCAAUUCCUCAGUGGUUCAGCCUAUGCUAGACCCGGUCAUCCUUACUACAAUCCAGGAUGUGCGGAGUGUGGAGGAAAAGGACCUCAAAGACAAGAGAUUGGUUAGUAUCCCUGAGCUCUUGUCUGCCAUCAAGUUACUUUGCAUGCGCUUCCAACCAGACCUGGUGACCGUAGUGGACGACCUUCGAUUAGACAUCCUACUGCGCAUGCUGAAAUCACCCCAUUUUAGCGCUAAAAUGAAUUCCCUCAAAGAAGUAACCAAACUAAUAGAAGAUAGCACUUUAUCCAAAUCUGUGAAGAAUGCUAUAGAUACAGACAGAUUGUUAGAUUGGCUAGUUGAAAACUCAGUUCUGUCAAUUGCACUGGAAGGCAACAUAGACCAAGCGCAGUACUGUGAUCGUAUAAAGGGAAUUAUUGAACUCUUGGGCAGUAAAUUAUCUUUAGAUGAACUCACUAAAAUUUGGAAGAUACAGUCAGGACAAUCAUCUACUGUGAUCGAGAAUAUUCAUACUAUUAUUGCUGCAGCAGCUGUCAAGUUUAAUUCAGAUCAGCUCAAUCAUUUGUUUGUUCUCAUUCAGAAGAGCUGGGAGAUUGAGAGCGAUCGAGUAAGACAGAAGCUAUUGAGCCUGAUUGGACGGAUAGGCCGGGAAGCUCGCUUUGAGACCACUUCUGGAAAGGUGUUAGAUGUACUCUGGGAACUGGCUCAUCUUCCAACACUGCCCAGCAGCCUCAUUCAGCAAGCUUUGGAUGAACACCUGACAAUCCUUAGUGACGCAUACGCAGUGAAAGAAGCGAUCAAGAGGAGCUACAUCAUCAAGUGCAUAGAAGAUAUUAAAAGGCCUGGAGAAUGGUCAGGUUUGGAAAAAAAGAAGGAUGGAUUCAAGGUGCUUGAUUCAGAUGUGUUCCUAAAGUACCUCCUUAGACAAACAGUGAAUGGGCAGCAAGGUGGGCUGACUGGGGAUUAUGUCUCCCUGCCAGGCUCCACAGAAACUAAGCAAAGGUCAUCUCAACUUAACAAUCCCCAGUUUGUAUGGGUGGUACCAGCUUUGCGUCAGCUCCAUGAAAUCACCCGUUCAUUCAUAAAACAAACCUAUCAAAAGCAAGACAAGAGCAUUAUUCAAGACUUGAAGAAAAAUUUUGAAAUAGUGAAAUUGGUAACGGGAAGUUUGAUAGCCUGUCAUCGGCUUGCAGCAGCCAUGGCUGGACCUGGAGGCUUGACUGGUUCAACACUAGUGGAUGGCCGAUACACUUACCGGGAGUAUUUAGAAGCCCAUCUAAAAUUUCUGGCAUUUUUCUUGCAAGAAGCUACUCUGUAUUUGGGUUGGAAUCGUGCCAAGGAAAUCUGGGAGUGUCUUGUGACUGGCCAGGAUGUUUGUGAAUUAGAUAGAGAGAUGUGUUUUGAAUGGUUUACAAAAGGGCAACAUGACCUUGAGAGUGAUGUUCAGCAGCAGCUCUUCAAGGAGAAGAUUCUUAAAUUGGAAUCAUAUGAAAUCACUAUGAAUGGUUUUAACUUAUUUAAGACUUUUUUUGAAAAUGUGAAUCUCUGUGAUCAUCGAUUGAAAAGACAAGGAGCUCAGUUGUAUGUAGAAAAGCUGGAAUUGAUAGGAAUGGAUUUCAUUUGGAAAAUAGCCAUGGAAUCACCUGAUGAAGAAAUUGCAAAUGAAGCUAUUCAAUUAAUCAUAAACUAUAGUUACAUUAAUCUAAAUCCUAGGUUAAAGAAGGAUUCUGUAUCAUUGCAUAAGAAAUUCAUUGCUGAUUGCUAUACAAGAUUAGAAGCAGCCAGUUCAGCACUUGGCGGCCCCACUCUAACACAUGCUGUGACCAGAGCAACAAAAAUGCUUACAGCAACUGCCAUGCCAACUGUAGCAACAUCAGUUCAGUCUCCAUAUAGAUCCACUAAACUUGUAAUCAUUGAGAGAUUGCUGCUUCUGGCAGAACGCUAUGUGAUCACUAUAGAGGAUUUUUACUCUGUUCUACGAACUAUUCUACCUCAUGGUGCCUCAUUUCAUGGACAUCUUCUAACGCUUAAUGUUACUUAUGAGUCUACCAAAGAUACCUUUACUGUAGAGGCUCACAGUAAUGAAACCAUAGGGAGUGUCCGGUGGAAGAUAGCCAAGCAGUUGUGCUGUCCUGUGGAUAAUAUACAGAUAUUUACAAAUGAUAGUCUGCUGACAGUAAAUAAAGAUCAAAAGUUACUCCACCAGCUGGGCUUUUCUGAUGAACAGAUGCUUACGGUGAAAACUUCAGGCAGCGGGACCCCAUCCGGGAGCUCCGCAGAUUCCUCCACCAGCUCCAGCAGCAGCAGCAGUGGAGUUUUUAGUUCAUCAUAUGCCAUGGAGCAGGAGAAAUCCCUUCCUGGUGUUGUGAUGGCACUUGUGUGUAAUGUAUUUGACAUGCUUUACCAGCUUGCCAAUCUAGAGGAGCCAAGGAUAACUCUACGAGUACGGAAGCUUCUGCUCUUAAUACCCACUGAUCCAGCCAUUCAGGAAGCCCUUGACCAACUGGAUUCUUUAGGAAGAAAGAAAACAUUGCUGUCUGAAACAAGCUCUCAGUCUUCAAAAUCUCCAUCCCUCUCUUCAAAGCAGCAGCACCAGCCAAGCGCCAGCUCAAUUCUAGAGAGUCUCUUUCGAUCUUUUGCUCCAGGAAUGUCCACCUUUCGAGUGCUUUACAACUUAGAAGUUCUAAGCUCCAAACUCAUGCCAACAGCUGAUGAUGACAUGGCAAGAAACUGUGCAAAAUCCUUCUGUGAGAACUUCCUCAAAGCAGGAGGUUUGAGUUUGGUUGUAAAUGUCAUGCAGAGGGACUCCAUCCCAUCAGAAGUCGACUAUGAAACAAGGCAGGGAGUUUAUUCUAUCUGUCUACAACUUGCAAGAUUUUUACUUGUUGGACAAACAAUGCCCACGUUAUUAGAUGAAGACAUUGCCAAAGAUGGUAUAGAGGCACUUUCUUCUCGCCCAUUCCGAAACGUUAGCCGGCAGACCAGCAGGCAGAUGUCCCUAUGUGGUACCCCAGAAAAGUCGUCCUACCGACAGUUGUCAGUGUCUGAUAGGUCUUCUAUUAGGGUGGAGGAAAUCAUUCCUGCUGCACGAGUUGCAAUACAAACAAUGGAAGUAAAUGAUUUCACUUCCACUGUGGCUUGUUUCAUGAGACUGUCGUGGGCUGCUGCUGCAGGACGACUUGACCUUGUUGGGAGUAGCCAACCAAUAAAAGAAAGUAAUUCUCUGUUUCCUGCUGGAAUUCGAAACAGGCUCAGCAGUUCAGGAAGCAAUUGCAGCUCUGGAAGUGAAGGAGAGCCAGUCGCCCUGCACGCAGGCAUCUGUGUGCGCCAGCAGUCCGUGUCCACCAAAGACUCCCUGAUUGCUGGCGAGGCUCUGUCUCUCCUGGUUACCUGCCUACAGCUUCGGAGCCAACAGCUGGCAUCUUUCUAUAACUUGCCCUGUGUUGCUGAUUUUAUCAUCGAUAUUCUGCUUGGAUCGCCAAGUGCUGAGAUUCGCCGUGUUGCCUGUGAUCAACUGUAUACUCUUAGUCAGACAGAUACUUCAACUCAUCCAGAUGUACAGAAGCCAAAUCAGUUUCUUCUAGGCGUGAUUCUCACAGCUCAGCUGCCUCUCUGGUCUCCAACUAGUAUUAUGAGAGGAGUCAAUCAGAGACUGUUGUCUCAGUGUAUGGAAUAUUUUGACCUGAGGUGCCAAUUAUUAGAUGAUCUGACAACUUCAGAAAUGGAGCAGUUAAGAAUCAGCCCAGCUACCAUGCUUGAAGAUGAGAUUACUUGGCUGGAUAACUUUGAACCUAAUCGCACAGCUGAAUGUGAGACCAGUGAAGCAGACAACAUCUUAUUGGCAGGACACUUACGGCUCAUUAAGACCCUUCUUUCACUCUGUGGGGCAGAAAAAGAAAUGCUUGGUUCAUCACUCAUUAAACCAUUGUUAGAUGACUUCCUUUUCCGAGCUUCUAGAAUUAUUUUAAAUAGUCAUUCUCCAGCUGGCAGUGCCGCCAUCAGUCAACAGGACUUUCAUCCAAAGUGUAGUACAGUGAAUAGCCGAUUGGCAGCCUAUGAAGUCCUUGUAAUGUUGGCUGAUAGCUCACCUUCAAAUCUUCAAAUUAUUACAAAAGAACUACUUUCCAUGCAUCAUCAACCGGACCCUGCUCUUACCAAGGAGUUUGAUUACCUCCCCCCCGUGGACAGCAGGUCCAGUGCAGGGUUUGUGGGUCUGAGGAAUGGUGGCGCCACAUGUUACAUGAACGCUGUCUUCCAGCAGCUAUACAUGCAGCCUGGUCUCCCUGAGGCAUUACUUUCAGUGGAUGAUGACACUGACAAUCCAGAUGAUAGUGUAUUCUACCAAGUGCAGUCUCUGUUUGGGCAUUUGAUGGAAAGCAAGCUGCAGUAUUAUGUACCUGAGAAUUUUUGGAAGAUUUUCAAAAUGUGGAACAAAGAACUUUAUGUGAGAGAACAACAGGAUGCAUAUGAGUUCUUCACUAGCCUCAUUGAUCAGAUGGAUGAAUAUCUCAAGAAAAUGGGAAGAGACCAAAUUUUUAAGAAUACUUUUCAAGGCAUCUAUUCUGAUCAGAAAAUCUGUAAAGACUGUCCUCACAGAUAUGAGCGAGAGGAAGCUUUCAUGGCUCUCAAUCUAGGAGUUACUUCCUGUCAGAGUUUGGAAAUUUCUUUGGACCAGUUUGUUAGAGGAGAAGUUCUAGAGGGAAGUAAUGCCUAUUACUGUGAAAAGUGUAAAGAAAAGAGAAUAACAGUCAAAAGGACCUGUAUUAAGUCUUUACCUAGCGUCUUGGUCAUUCACCUAAUGAGAUUCGGAUUUGACUGGGAAAGUGGACGCUCCAUUAAAUAUGAUGAACAGAUAAAGUUUCCCUGGAUGUUAAACAUGGAGCCGUACACAGUUUCAGGAAUGGCUCGCCAAGAUUCAUCUUCUGAAGUUGGUGAAAAUGGACGAAGUAUGGAUCAGGGAGGUGGAGGGUCUCCACGAAAGAAAGUUGCCCUCACAGAAAACUAUGAACUUGUCGGUGUCAUCGUACACAGUGGGCAGGCACAUGCAGGCCACUACUAUUCCUUCAUUAAGGAUAGGCGGGGAUGUGGAAAAGGAAAGUGGUAUAAAUUUAAUGACACCGUUAUAGAAGAAUUUGACCUAAAUGAUGAGACCCUGGAAUAUGAAUGCUUUGGAGGAGAAUAUAGACCAAAAGUUUAUGAUCAAACAAAUCCAUAUACUGAUGUUCGCCGAAGAUACUGGAAUGCCUAUAUGCUCUUCUACCAACGGGUAUCUGAUCAGAACUCGCCAGUCUUACCAAAGAAAAGUCGAGUCAGCGUUGUGCGGCAGGAAGCUGAGGAUCUCUCUCUAUCAGCACCUUCUUCACCAGAAAUUUCACCUCAGUCAUCCCCUAGGCCCCAUAGGCCUAACAAUGACCGGCUCUCUAUUCUAACCAAACUGGUUAAAAAAGGAGAGAAGAAAGGACUGUUUGUGGAGAAAAUGCCUGUUCGAAUAUAUCAGAUGGUGAGAGAUGAAAACCUCAAGUUUAUGAAGAAUAGAGAUGUGUACAGUAGUGAUUAUUUCAGUUUUGUGUUGUCUUUAGCAUCAUUGAAUGCUACUAAAUUAAAGCAUCCAUACUAUCCUUGCAUGGCAAAGGUAAGCCUACAGCUUGCCAUUCAAUUCCUUUUUCAAACUUAUCUACGGACAAAGAAAAAACUCAGGGUUGACACUGAAGAAUGGAUUGCCACUAUUGAAGCAUUACUUUCAAAAAGUUUUGAUGCUUGUCAGUGGCUAGUUGAAUAUUUUAUUGGUUCUGAAGGACGAGAAUUGAUAAAGAUAUUCUUACUGGAGUGCAAUGUGAGAGAAGUGCGAGUCGCUGUGGCCACCAUUCUGGAGAAAACCCUGGACAGUGCCUUGUUUUAUCAGGACAAGUUAAAAAGCCUUCACCAGUUACUGGAGGUACUACUUGCUCUGUUGGAUAAAGAUGUCCCAGAAAAUUGUAAAAACUGUGCUCAGUACUUUUUCCUGUUCAACACUUUUGUACAAAAGCAAGGUAUUAGGGCUGGAGACCUCCUCCUGCGGCAUUCAGCUCUGCGACACAUGAUCAGCUUUCUCCUGGGGGCCAGUCGCCAGAACAAUCAGAUACGGCGAUGGAGUUCUGCACAAGCACGAGAAUUUGGGAAUCUUCACAACACAGUGGCAUUACUUGUUUUGUAUUCAGAUGUCUCUUCCCAGAGGAAUGUUGCUCCUGGGGUAUUUAAACAACGGCCACCUAUCAGCAUUGCUCCUUCAAGCCCUCUGCUGCCCCUCCACGAGGAAGUAGAAGCCUUGUUGUUCUUGUCUGAAGGAAAACCUUACCUUUUGGAGGUGAUGUUUGCUCUGCGUGAGCUGACGGGUUCGCUCCUGGCGCUAAUGGAGAUGGUGGUGUACUGCUGCUUCUGCAACGAGCACUUCUCCUUCACUAUGCUGCACUUCAUUAAGAACCAACUAGAAACAGCUCCACCCCAUGAGUUAAAGAAUACCUUCCAACUACUGCAUGAGAUACUGGUCAUUGAAGAUCCCAUACAAGUAGAGCGAGUCAAAUUUGUGUUUGAGACAGAAAAUGGACUACUAGCUCUGAUGCACCACAGUAAUCAUGUGGACAGCAGUCGCUGCUACCAAUGUGUCAAAUUUCUGGUAACUCUUGCUCAAAAGUGUCCCGCUGCUAAAGAGUACUUCAAGGAGAACUCCCACCACUGGAGCUGGGCUGUGCAGUGGCUGCAGAAGAAGAUGUCAGAACAUUAUUGGACACCGCAAAGCAAUGUCUCUAAUGAAACAUCAACUGGAAAGACUUUUCAGCGGACGAUUUCAGCUCAGGACACACUAGCGUAUGCCACCGCUUUGCUGAAUGAGAAAGAACAGUCAGGGAGCAGCAACGGGUCGGAGAGCAGCCCCGCGAAUGAGAACGGAGACAGGCACCUACAACAGGGUUCAGAAUCGCCUAUGAUGAUUGGCGAGUUAAGAAGUGACCUUGACGACGUGGAUCCCUAGAGGAGCGUGUCCAGCAUACGAUGGGGAGUCACAUCGCAGUUACUGGAUGCUCAGCACCUGUUUGAAACCAGAAUCGCACCUUGAACCCUUUAGAAGAACCUGGAAGUGGGCGGGAAGAGCCUGCCAAGGCCUGAGGAGCGUGUGUGAGGAAAGCGCUGUGGCCAGGAGUGGGGCUCUUUUGCAGGGGGAGAGCGCCGGUCUGUGGAUCAGCUGCCCCGAGGCAGAUCCGCAUGUGGGUUAACAUUUCUGUGGUGAUUUUACGAAAUAAACUGUGACAAACUUUUGUUACAUGAACAUACAACAGUGAGUGAGGGUAAAGCUGUGGCUUUCUCUACGAUGCUAUAGAAGAAAUUCUUUUGGUUUUUAUUUUUAUUUUUUUAAAGAAAUCUGCCUUUAGCUGUGUGGGGGCAAAUUUUUAAUCUUGUAGUAACAUUGAUUAGGGAUAUCAAAUUUAAGGUUAUGUAAAGAUAUGUGAUAAAAUUCCUUUCAUUGUAAAAUAGUAAAGAAUUCAGUUUACACAGACCUUUGUAUUUAAUAUGUCUCCCUAUUUGUACAGAAUUGCAGAUGGGUUUGGAUGAGAGCCCUGGGCUUAAACUUGGAUCUUGAUGAAAUAUUACCAGGAUUGAAAAUUGGGAGGUUAUUAAGCUAUUCAAGGUCUUUUUCCUGAUUAUAAUUGAAGUGCUGUUCCCCAGUGCGCAUUCUUGACAUGAGUCACUAAAGAAAUCGUAAGUUAUUCCCAAAAUAAAAUUUAAAAACAGCAAAAUAAGAAGCACUUUAAGGUAUAAUUUUAUUGAGUUUAACUUCAUGAAAUCAUCUUUUUAAUGCUUGGAGACAUAUUGAAUAAACUAGUCUUAAAUCA